UCAAGGAAAACGAAACUAAUUGCUGUUUCUCUUGCUCUGUUGUGUGCGUGGAAGAAAUGGCAGAGGCCUUGAACUUGCUAAGUUGUUCAAUCUGUUUAGACCUACUAAAGGACCCAGUAGCUAUUCCCUGUGGACACAGCUAUUGUUUGGGUUGUAUUAAGGCCUGUUUGGAUCAAGAAGAUGACAAGGGUAUCUACAGCUGCCCCCAGUGCAGACAGACCUUCAUACCAAGACCUGUUCUAAACAGGAACACCAUCCUGGCUGAAUUGGUGGAGAAUCUGAAGAAGACAAGACUUCAAGGUGCUCCUCCUGAUCAUUAUUAUGCUGGACCUGGAGAUUUGGAGUGUGAUUCCUGCACUGGAAGAAAACUCAAAGCUGUCAAGUCCUGUCUGGUGUGUCUGGCCUCUUACUGUGAGACUCACCUCCAGCCUCACUAUGAAUCUCCUGCCUUUAAAAAGCACAAGUUGGUCCAGGCCUCCAAACAACUACAGGAGAAGAUCUGUUCUCAUCAUGACAAACUACUAGAGGUUUUCUGUCGUACUGAUCAGCAGUGUAUCUGUUAUCAAUGUAAAAUGGAUGAACAUAAAGGACAUGAUACAGUCUCAGCUGUAGCAGAAAGGACUGAGAAACAGAAACAGUCUGGAGAGAGACAUCAGAAAUCCCAGAAAGGAAUCCAGGAGAGAGAAAAGAAGAUUCAAGAGUUGAGACAGGCUGUGGACACUCUGAAGCAUUCUGCACAGGCAGCAGUGGAGGACAGUGAGAGGAUCUUUACUGAGAUGAUCUGCUACAUUGAGAAAAGACGCUCUGAGUUAAUAAAACUGAUUAGAGCUCAAGAGAAGGCUGAAGUGAGUCGGGCUGAAGGACUCUUGGAACAACUGGAGCAGGAGGUUGCUGAGCUGAGGAGGAGAGAUGUUGAGUUGAUGCAGCUCUCACAAACAGAGGAUCACAUCCAUUUCCUCCAGAGUUUCCAGUCUCUCUGUGUCUCUCCUGGAUCUGAGGUCUUACCCAGCAUCAAUGUCUAUCCACAAAUCUCCUUUGAGCAUGUCAAGAAAUCAGUCUCUGAACUGAAAGAUCAAAUACAGGAUAUAUGCAAAAAGGAAAUGGACAAGAUAUCUGGGGCAGUGACUACAGUUCAGAUUGAAACACCUGCUGAGCUGAAGACCAGAGAGGAUUUCUUAAAAUAUUCCUGCCAGCUGACAUUGGAUCCCAAUACAACAAAUCAGUACCUGUGUCUGUCUGAGGAGAACAGAAUGGUGAAAUGGGGUGAUAAGGUCCAGUCCUAUCCUGAUCAUCCUGACAGAUUUACCUCCUAUAAACAGGUGUUGUGUAGAGAGGGUCUGUCUGGAGUCUGUUACUGGGAGGUAGAGUGGAGUGGGGGAAGGGUUGAUGUAGCCGUCUCAUAUAAAGAGAUCACCAGGAAAGGAGAUGGUUAUAAGUGUGUGUUUGGUAAUAAUGAUCAGUCCUGGAUGUUAUUCUGCUCUACAUCCAGAUGUUGUUUCAUCCACAAUAAUACCAGGACUGAUAUCCCUGUUCCCCGCUCCUCCAGAGUAGGGGUGUAUCUGGACCACAAGGCAGGAACUCUGUCUUUCUACAGUGUCUCUGACACAAUGACCCUCCUCCACAGAGUCCAGACCACAUUCACUAAGCCACUCUAUCCUGGGUUCUAUGUUCAUUAUGGAAUGUCUGUGAAGAUACUGACACCUAUUCAGUGAUACAUCUAUCAUGUUGCUGGUAUCAAUGUAUUGUUAGCCUUACUUGGAGGCCUUGAUUAUACAUGAUUAAUUCACUGUGACUGAAGAUUAAAAUGAUGACAGAUA